ACAUGAAAGUUGCAUGCGCGCUCAUGGCUGUCUAAGGGGAGGACCACAGCUUUGAACAGGAGGGUGCACGAGAAAAAAAAAGCAAAAACAAAGCUAGUCUGGAUUUUUAUUUUUCUCUUUCUUUCACUUGUGAUAUCAGUUGACAGCAAGGGCUGAAUCCAAACAGAUCAAAAUGAUGACCAGACCUUUUGGGAAGAGUGGAGAUGUGAGUGAUUUGGUGAGCUCCCUCAGUUGGCUGGAUGAAGACGGCAGCUCUCAGGAUGGAGACGAAAGUCCAGAGAUGAGGGUUCGCCAUGGCCUGGCAGUUGGGGCCCGGAUCCACUCCUGCACAGAACUUGGCAGUGAGGACAUGGAGGAAGAAGAAGAGGAUGAUGACGAUGAUGAUAAUGAAGAGGAGAGUGGACCAAAUGGAGAAACAGGUCCCAAACGGAGAGGCCCCAAGAAGAAGAAGAUGACCAAAGCUAGACAGGAGAGGUUUCGUACCCGAAGGAUCAAGGCCAACGCCAGAGAACGCUCACGCAUGCACGGGUUGAACAAUGCUCUGGACAACCUGCGCAGAGUCAUGCCCUGCUACUCCAAAACACAGAAACUGUCCAAGAUUGAGACUCUGCGGCUGGCCCGCAACUACAUCUGGGCUCUGUCGGAGGUGUUGGAGAACGGUCAGUCCCCAGAGAGCCAUGGGUUUGUGGAGAUGCUGUGUAAAGGUCUGUCUCAGCCCACUAGUAACCUCGUGGCUGGCUGCCUGCAGCUUGGACCCUCUCCUCUAAUUUUGGACAAGCUGGAGGACAAAUGUGGAGGCCCAGGAGUUGCUAAUGGGGUGACAGGGCAUCCCCUCAGCUACCCAUCCCCAGGCCUUCCCAGCCCACCUUAUGGCUCCCUGGAGGCAUCCCACCUCCUUCACAUGAAGGGACUGAAAGGGCCCCUGUACGACAACUCCUCCCCUCACGAGUGCAGCAGCGGCACACCUCCAUACGAUGGGCCCCUGACACCCCCCCUCAGCAUCAACAGUAAUUUUGCCCUGAAGCAGGAGCCUUCUCCACAUGAAUCAGAUAGGAACUACACGGCCCAUUCUGCUCACCAUGCCCACUACCUCUCAUCCCACCAUUACCCUUUUACCACGACCGGCAGCUUACCAGUGGGGCCUCCGAGUCAGGCUUCUCGCUAUGAGCUGCCCCUGGAUGUGACCUUUGACUCCUUUGCCCCCUCCCACCUGGUCACGUCUCAGAUAAGCACCAUCUAGAGAACUGGACCAGUGUACAAACUGCUGUAAAAAUGAUCACCGCUGUUCUGACUAUGGUUUAGAUUUAUGUUGUCGAGCUCUGGAGAGCAGCGAAAGCUCAACGAGGGAGAGACUCAUCACCUCAACUCAGUCUACCUGAUGCAAACAUGCACGCAUUAACAAUAAAUUAUUUAUUCUUUCAUGUUUUUAUUAUAUGUAUACAUUUGGUCUCGUUAUUUCUGAAUAAAUUACCAUUUCAGUUGUUAAAAGAGCACAACUAAGGAUUAAUUGACCAAAACAUUCAUGUUUGAACACAAGAGCUUUGCAAAACAAGAGCUCAUCCAAUAAACCCAGGUUAAUUUGUGCACUAAGGUUUACAGUCAAUGUCCUGAUUUAAGGAAAGCAAUACAUUUAUUUAUGUAUAUUUAAUAUUUAUUUUGAUGAUUCCAUGUCAUUUUUUA